GGAUAUAUUUUCAAAUCAUAUUGAAUUUUGAGCAAUUUAGUUUAUUGUGCGAAAAAGUCAACAUCAAAGUUUUUUUUUGUACAAUAAUUAAAAUGAAUAUUGAAUCUUUGAGAGAUGGAUUGAAUUCCCUGAUGUACGUUGGUCAAACUUUAACACCGGAGGAGUUCUUGCUAAUACAAAAUUCACUGAUAAUUCUUCAAAGUGACAAUAAAUUAAAGGAAAUGUUUUUCUGGGGACGUAUUCAAGGAAUCGAAAGAGAUUACUUUAUUGCAUUUGGCUAUACUAAAGAUUGUCUACGAGAGAGAAAAUUUUUCUACAGCUUAGAUUGUUUGCAAUGGUUUAUCAUGCCCAUACCGGAUGACAACUUUAUUCAGGCAUCACUUUUAUGCCGACUAAAAUUCCAAGGUGAUCCGACUCAUUACACUUGUGUUGAAUUGGAUCCUAAAUUUACAAUCGAUGAGAAUCUUAUCAUAAUGGCAACUGAACCAGAAGUCAAACGUCUAAAAGAAGAAGAUAGAUUAUCCUGUGCUGUAAAUAUGAUAACCGAUGAAAGUGCUGUUGUUCCGAAAGGAGCUUUAUACAAAAUGACAGAUCAAAAUGUCAUUUACAAUCCAAUGUUUCAUGGAUUGAAUCAGUUAGAAGGAAACUUAAAAUCCUACUACCAACUUUAUAGAGUUCCACGAAACAAAUUCGAAUAUAAUGUAAUUAAACGGAGUGACUAUAAUUAUACAACUGAUUUUUUGGAUACUAUUGAUGAUGAAAUUCCCAAAGAAGUUGCUUUUCAAUUGAAUAUGGAACGAAAUGGAAGAUUGGUUAUGAUAAGAUCUUGUGUAUGGCCAGGAAUGACGUUUUAUCAUAAAUUAAAUACCAAAGAACAUGGUUUUGUAUAUUUUGGAGAUGGAAAGAAAAAUUUUGAUUUGUUAUUUAUGAUUUGACUAUUUUAAUUAUUAAACGUUGAAUUGAA